AUGUCCAACCCAUCCGUCGAAAGACCAGGGCCUACUACGUUCGCGCUCAGCAUUUCAUCACUCAUCUUCGGCCUCGUCCUUGGCUACUUCAUAGGCUCCGGCUCCUCAAUAGGCCUCUUCGGCUCCUCCGACACAUCUACAAAAUCAUCGAAGAAGAAAUCACCAGCCCGCUCCUGGCCGAACUCGUACGACGUCAACGUAAACGUCGGCAGCGAUUCCUCCGACGAAGAAUUCGCACGAGCUAUCCACACCGGCAAAAGCGAUGACGCCGACGACGAGUCUUCAGACGAUGCCGAUAGCGACGAGGUGGCUUUGGUCGAUACAGACCGCAUCAAAGCCAUAGCCAACACGAACGAAGAAGUGAAACUAAUGCUCGUCGUGCGCACAGAUCUCGGCAUGACGAAGGGCAAGAUUGCUGCGCAAUGUGGACAUGCUACAUUGGCGGUGUAUCGUGCUCUGACGGCAAAUUCGAGUGCGAGUGCUAUGUUGAGGCGGUGGGAGAGUCAUGGGCAGCCGAAGAUUGCGGUUAAGUGUGAGAGUGAGGAUCAGUUGUUAAUGCUGCAGGGUCAGGCUAUCAGUUUGGGGCUGCCAGCAAAGGUGAUUAGGGAUGCCGGAAGGACGCAGAUUGAGGCGAAUAGUGCUACUGUGUUGGGUGUGCUCGGGCCGAAGGGGUUGGUUGAUCAGGUUACUGGUGGGUUGAAACUGCUGUGA